AUGCCGUAUCUGGACCGACUCAACCGCGUCUGUGGUUUCCUGGAUGUCGAGGAGAAGGAGAACAGUGGACGCUUCCAGAGGCGAUACUUUAUUCUGGACACGCAAGAAAAUGUUCUCCUCUGGUACAUGGACAACCCUCAGAAUUUAGCCCGUGGAGCCAACAUUGUGGGCAGUGUGAAACUCACCUAUAUCUCCAAGGUGAAUGAGGCCACAGCCAAGCAGAAACCCAAGGCCGAGUUUUGUUUUGUUAUAAAUGCAGUUUCCAGGCGCUAUUUCCUUCAAGCCAACGAUGAAAUAGACAUGAGAGACUGGGUGGCUGCUCUGAACAAGGCCAGCAAGAUCACUGUUCCAAAGCCUGGAUCAGCACCCACAGGGCAUGAUGGAACAGCAAUUAUCACCAUUCCCCCACCAACACUGAUGAGGAGAAAACAGCAGGCCUACAAGACUGAGAUCAUUGGUGGGGUUGUGGUUCACACGCCUAUUGUGAAUGAUUGUGACGAGGCUGAGCACAAAGAGAGGAGCAGGCCAGGCGUACUGCGGUGUGGAUACUGUGUGAAACAAGGAAAUGUGAGAAAAAGCUGGAAAAGACGCUUUUUCACGCUGGAUGAUAAUGCCAUUAGUUACUACAAGUCUGAGACGGACAAGGAUCCUCUUCGGGCUGUUCCUCUGAGAGACAUUCACAAAGUCCAUGAAUGUCUCGUCAAGUCAGGGGAUUUGUUACUCAGAGAUAACCUAUUUGAGAUCAUCACUGCCUCCCGCACGUUCUACAUUCAGACAGACUCUCCGGAAGAAAUGCAUGAGUGGAUCAGAGAUAUUGACAUGAAAAUCCAAGCUUUUAGGGGCCCCUCAAAGCGGUCGGCCUCCCUCUAUCGUCACAAAGUGUCUUCAGACAGCAGUGGGGCGGCACCGGAGAGCAGACCAGUGCUUCAGAAGUCCCGCUCAGUGGCCCCAGGCUGGCAGCCGUGGACCCCCGUGCCUGCUGUUGGACCCUCACUCCUGGAUGGAGAGGAAGAUGACUGUGCCUUCAGCUCGUUGCCCAUUUUACCCUCUUCUUCAUCUUCAUCCACGUCCUCCUCCGCCUCCUCCUCCUCUAACUCCCUGUCUGUCCCAGCUGCAGGAUCCUCGGGGGGCUUGGGCCUGGUCUCCGCCUCAGGAGAAGUGGUCAGCGAGAGGCGGAGGCACCGCUCACAGCCACAAUCCCGCAGCAGCUGUUUUCCCUUCAGUCUGGACGAUGACGGCAUACGCACCACAGACGUGUAG